ACCCUACUGCAACCAGCCACGGAUUUCUAUACUACUCUCGGAAAGCAGUGCGUUGAGGCCGGAUGCAGCGUUGACCUCUUCCUCUUUCCCAACUCCUACGUCGACGUGGCCACUCUGGCCGAGGUGCCCAGACUGACUGCCGGCAACCUCUUCAAGUAUACCUGCUUCCAGGUGAGAAGUUAG